AUGCAGGCUGGCUAUUGCAAUUUCAUAGAAAUCCUGAUAUUUUUCAUCUUUGUAGCAACGGACUUCUGCAGCUCAUACCCUUGUGGAGAAAAAUUGGCUAGUUGUGUUGCUUUACAUAGCAAUUAUACCUGCCAGUGCCAAUAUGGAUUCUACUAUAGCAAUAGGAAUUGUCAUGCAGGAAAAGUAUUCCCAGGUGUCAUUACACUGACAGGAUCUUACAGUAGCAGUGUUCAAACUGUAAAUUCUCUGGAAUAUGAAGAGGUGUUCAAAAAUAUAACAAUGUUGUUUAAGGCUGCCUUCAAAGAUUUAGAUGGCUUUGCAGAGACUGUCAUCGUGGAAAUUCAACAGAUUCAGACAGAAAGCAGAGCUGCUUCUCAAGUGAGUGUAACAGUGACAAACCUGUUUAAGGACAACUCAAAUGUAACCAAUGUAACAGUUACUAAUGCAAUAUAUGCUGAAAUAAAUGAAUCGAACUACGUCUCUGCAUACAGAGGUGCAUCAUACUGUGAUGCUUUUAAAUGUGAUACUCAAACCACAUACUGCAAAGACGCUAUGUAUCCAGAAUGCUUAUGUCAGGAUGAUUUUGCAAAGACAGAAUGGGAUGAACGUUCUUGUUCAGACUGCAGUGAAAGCUGUUCUUCAGAACAAAACAAGUACUGUGAAAGAGUAGGAGCGGUUCCAACAUGCAAAUGCAUGGCUAACUUUAAAAAGAAGAAUGAUAGCUGUGUACCCUGUCCAGUGGGCUACUCUGGGGAGGACUGCAAGGACAGUACAGAACUCAUCCUUAUAAUAGUGGGUACAGUGCUUGGAGCCAUAAUCCUGAUUUUGCUGAUAGCAGUCUCUAUUAUUUCAGCAAGAAACAAACACAGGCAAGAUCCAGAGCAGAAAAGACUGAUAAAGUCAGGAUAUUCCAACUCAAAUACCUAUGCUGAUGGACAGACCAGGAUGUUCCCCCGAGUCCAGACCACUUCUGGCCAUGUGAACCCAGGGUAUCAGCCAAACAACCCGUAUGAGAUGCGUUCAACAAACAGAGGUCAACAUGAUGAUUUGUAUGAAAUAUCACGGGAGCAUGAGGGCUUUAGGAUGCAGAGCAAAUAUUAAGUGACAAGAUCGGUAUAAAGAUGGAUGACCACCACAGCAAUGGGGCAGACCAAAUCGUUUCACAGCCUCUCACCAAUGCAGAUACUUCAGCACAAGAGACAACAAAAUCUACAGCCCCAGCUUCUCUGAAGAUUUUCUAAAGGAAAACCCCUCCUUGAAAGGGAUCAUGGACAACUCUCUGAAAUAACAGAAAAACGAAGCAGAGGGUAGGAGGAAGACAAUGACUUUCACAAGAAUUAGGGGGCUCCAGUGAACACCAAAAUUCUUUCAGGCCAGUGCAAUGGCAGGGAAGUGAGGGUAGACAAGAUACCAGGGGUUUAACCUGCUGUUUUUCAGUUCUCCUGGAAGAUGGUCCAGGCAAUAUGUGUGUGGUAUUGAAAAUGUCAUCACCCUGAUCUUUGCCUGCAUUUGUGCUCACUCAUUUCAGCUAGAGGCAGCCUGCAUGGCUUUGGGAAGAUCAAAACUGUUCUUCAUGAGAACCUAACCUUUUUCUUUAUACUACAUCAGAUACAGUCUUUUCCCCCUCCUCAACCCCCUAAAAUUUCCUACCUGAAAGCAUUCUGUUCAGAUCUCUGCUGACAUGUGUUGUGAGAAACAAUGGUACUUGUCUGGUCUUUUACACAGCCAUUCUUCCCAAUACAAUGACAAGAAACAAUAUCUUCAAACAAACACUAUUGUUCUUCGUCUUGCACAACCACAUUGAUUUUACAUUCUCAGUUCCUGUGGAAAGUGUUAGCAUUUUUUUGCUUAGACUUUUUGUGUUUUCAUUAAAUGAUUUUGUUUGAGGGGCUUUUUUUUCUUUUUUUUUUUUUUAAUUUCUUAGUCACACUCAAUAAAUCUGUAAAAGAAUCUGCAUUUUAUCAUACUUCACUGAGUAUGAAUUAUCCACUGACUAGCAUUAACAUUUCUGUGAAUAUAUACAUAAUAUAUACAUGCACAAAUAUCUACAUAUAUUUAAAGGUUAAACCCAUUUACAGCAUCACUUAAUUCCAUGUUAUAUUUUGUGGUUUGGUUUUUAACUUUUCCUAUUAAAAUUUUUCUUAUUAAACAUUAUAGUUUCACAGUA